UCUGUUGGGUUUGUGUUCUUUACUGUUUUUAUUGGUGGGUUUCUCUUUUGUAGCUUUAAUAUACCACAAUUUUAUGUAAGUUAGGUGAAAAAUGUGCUUUGCUUCUAGGUUGGAUAUAUAUAUUGAACAAAAUGUGUGCGUUUAGUCAUUGGGUUUUUGAUGGAUGUGUAAACUAGUUAAACUUAAUUGUGUAUGCAUUUCUUGUUCUUUUUUAUUUUGAUCAUCUAAGGGAUAAAUGGUUUUGGAUGCUUUAUUUGUUAUUUGCAGCCGUCGUCAUCUUUUGAUUCCAUGGAGUUGGAUAAAGACUGCUCAAUUGUCCUGGAGCUAUCUGAAAGUGACCCACUUUUUGAUAAAAAGAAGAAAUUGCUACAAGAGAUUUAAUACCAGGCAGCAAAUCCAUGUUAAAAGGUCUUCAGAUCCUGAUUGGCUGAGUACCUCUUUGGGAGUAAUGCUUCAGAUAGCAACAAUCAUAGAAUCAACUGAGGCACAUAAGGGUAGACAGAUGACUUUAGAAAUUACAACUGCCUGAUAGUACCUAGAUCACAUAUAUGAUUAGCAGACCAAUGAUGAAACAAUGGGCUAUAAUGAGGCGCAGGCAUGCAAAAGAGUGUCCUGCAAGAACUACACAAUGCUAUUGUUGAUAUGAUUUGUUGGUCUUCUGACGAGCACAAUUCGAAGACUGCAAUUGUAGAAGGCUACAACUCUGAUAAACAAAAGCAACUGUUACGAAGGUGUGAGAACAGUGGUGUUAAAACAAGGUUGCAGAUCGCUUAUGUGGAAGGGGCUGGCAGAGGAGCCAUAGCUGCAGACAAUCUGAAAGUUGGAGAUACUGCUCUGGAGAUCCCAAUGUCUUUAAUAGUUUCUGAGGAGCUUGUGCAAGCUGAUAUGUAUCAUGUAUUAGAGAAGUUUGAAGGCAUUACUCCUCCUGAGACAAUGUUGUUGUUGUGGAGCAUGAAGGAGAGGCGCAAUUGUGAUUCAAAAUACAAGAUGUGCUUUGACACACUUCCUGAAGAUUUUAAUACUGGUUGAGUUUUGGAGCCAACGUGAUGAUGGUUUUGGUUGGAACUGUGCUGUUGGAUGAGAUAACACGAGCAAAACAGAUUUCGGUGCUGCUCAAAAUGAAUUUACUGAUGGCAGCUCCAUAUCCAACUGGACCACUCACAUGCUGUGGGGUGCAUGGUUCUCAAAGAAUCGUGAUAUUUUCUACUACGGCCUGCCCUCCCCAUUGUUGGACUUCUCAAGGAUAUGCAACGAGGCAUUGUCCCUUCAGUUUUUAACUUGGUGUUAUUGUGGCCUCAAACUGGUGAAACACGAAUUGUCUAAAAUGGAUGGCUGACGGAGUUGUCUAAAACGCAUGGUUGACGGAAUUUGUCUGAAAUUGGCAAAAGACGAGAGGCUCGAAGCAAAUGUACGUUUCAAAAAAAGAAAAGCAUUUUAAUGUUUGAGUUGAGUAUAUACCAUACCAAACUAGUGAUCAUAAACCUUUGAUUGUUAAAAGUUUAGGACAAUAAUCUCUAUCAAUCAAUGUCUGGCAAAUUGAAGAAUUCUGUUUGUCCUCAUUGUAUGGUCAUAAUUCAUUAGAUUUGUAAAGCAAUCAAUUAUUCUUGUUA